AUGCGGCCCCGCGUCGGCAGGGUGCGGGCCGAGCACGAAGCCUUGAAGCAGAAGGUCGCUCAGGCCGAGAAGCGGCAGGCGGAGUGCAUGGAGGCCGAGAGGAGGCGCCGCAGGGAUGCCGCCGACGAGAGAGCCGCGGCCGCCGUGACCUCCGAGGCGGAGCGGGUGGUGUCUGCGUGCCAGGAGGCGGUCGAGGCGGCCCUGGCCGCGGCCAGGGGCCUCGAGGCCACUCGGGGCAGCGAGGAGGAGGACCCCGUGGCGGCGAUGGCCGGGGCGGAGCAGGUAGAGGAUCCCGUGGCGGCGAUGGCCAGGGCGGAGAAGGAUAUCGAAGUGGCGCUCCAGGGCGUGGACGAGGCUGGGUCCAAGAUCAAGGCCAGCAUGGACGGGCUCAAGGCGGCGGCGGACGGGCCGCUCAAGGAGGCCCGCGCGGUGCUGGUCAAGCUGAAGGUUCGGGUCGGGGCCCUGGAGAGCAAGUGCAGGGCGCAGCAGCUGGGGCUGCAGCGUGCCAGGAAGCAGGCCGCCAGCGACGCCCACGCAGCGGUUGCGGGCGCCAUGCAGCUGCACAUCCGGAAGGCUGGCAGGAAGCCAGACGAGGUUUUCGCGGAGUUGUCCAAGGGUGGCCAAGACGUGCCGCUGGAGGAGUUGCGCAGGUUCGUCAGCGGCAUCCCAGACCACGGCUUGAGGGCCGCGCAGCUGGACCUGGGGCUCGAGGGGUACGCUGGCGGCGUCACGAGGCUCACGCUGCUGGAGAUGCUCCAGGAGUUCAGGAGGUGCGUGAAGGACAUUGCCAUCACUACCGCUUUCGAGGUGAAAGACAGCAAGACUAUCAGGAAGCUCGCCGUUGGCGAGCUCGUCGAGGUCAUCGAGGCCGACAAGGCCGACAAGGACGGCAUCGCGCGGGUGAGAUGUAGAGCUAUCUCGGACCAGAAAGAGGGUUGGGCCACGCUGCGGGGCAACCAAGGUACGGCCUACAUGGUGAAGGCCGCGAAGCCUUACUACUGGUGCCAGGAGGAGGUGGCCCUCCAGUCGGCCUUCGCCAGCUCCAGCAGCGAGCAGUCCGAGGUAAGGACGUUGCAGGCCGGCGAGGUCGUGGAGGUUUUGGAGGGCCCCCGCAGGGAGCCGGACGUGGAGCUGCAGCGGGUCAGGAUAAAGGCCAAGAAGGACGGCAAGUCAGGUUGGGCAACGCUGACGGACCCGCAUGGAACAGUCCUACUAGAGCCAUCCAAGCUGCUGGUGUGCAGGCAGAGCAUCGCCAUCACCACCAACUUCGACAUCGCGACUGGCAAGGCCAUACGCAAGCUCGACGUCGGCGAGACGCUGGAGGUGCUCGAGGGGCCGACGGAGGACGACAAGCGGUCCCUCUCGCGGAUCAGGGCGAGAGCCAGCCUCGACGGAAAGGAGGGCUGGGUCACGAUGAGGGGCAACCAGGGGACGGACUACACCGAGGAGUCCGAGAACCUUCGAGUGUGCAAGGAGAGCCUCGUGCUCGAGGCCAAGCUCGCCGCCGGGAGCUCUGCCAUCCGGACGCUGGAGGCCGGAGAGGUGGUCGAGGUGGUCGAGGGGCCCAAGAGCGACACCAGGCAGGGCCUGAGCCGCCUCAGAGGCCGGUCCCUAGCGGACAGUGCCGAGGGGUGGUUGACGCUCUCUGGCAGCUCCCUCCUGCGAUGGUCCCCUCAGUACAAGUGUGCGCUGAGCACGGUGCUAAACGACAGGCUGGACAUCAAGGAGGCCAAGAUCGUGCGCAAGCUGGAGGCUGGCGAGCUAAUCGAGGCACUGGAGACGCCAGUGCCCGAGAAGGCCGCAGGCGUCAUGCGGGUCAGGAUGCGGGCCGAGAAGGACGGCGCCGUCGGUUUCGCCACGGUCAGCGGCAACCGUGGCACUGUCUUCCUGAAGCCUGUCCUGGACGAGUAG